CUUGGCUUCGGGCGCUCGCUGGUGGCGGACCCGGAGGCUGCUGCUGCGCGCUGGGGCUCUUUGGCCCGGAUCGAAUUCGAUCCGGAGCCAUGAGUGUGGACAAGGCCGAGUUAUGCGGGUCUCUGCUCACCUGGUUGCAGACGUUCCAAGUUCCGUCCCCCUGUGCCAGCCCUCAGGACCUGAGCAGCGGACUCGCCAUAGCCCAUGUGCUGAAUCAGAUAGACCCUUCCUGGUUCAACGACGCAUGGCUCCAGGGCAUCACAGAGGACCCAAGUCCCAGCUGGAGGUUGAAGGUCAGGACACUGGAGAAGCUCUUACAGAGCCUGAUGGAGUACUCGAAGGAUGUUCUGGGGCACCCUGUGUCAGAACAGCACCUUCCGGACAUCAGCCUCAUCGGCGAGGUUGCAGAUCCUGCAGAGCUCGGCAAACUGCUUCAGUUGGUACUGGGCUGUGCUAUCAGUUGUGAGAAAAAACAGGAGUACAUCCAAAGAAUUAUGACGCUGGAGGAGUCUGUUCAGCAGGUAGUGAUGGAAGCCAUCCAGGAGCUCAUGACAAAAGACACUUCUGAUUCCCCGUCACCGGAGACUUAUGGGAACUUUGAUACACAGUCCCGCAGGUACUAUUUCCUGAGUGAGGAAGUGGAGGAGGGUGACGAACUUCAGCAACGCUACCUGGAUCUGGAGCGGCAGCUUGUGCUCCUUUCAGAGGAGAAGCAGAGUCUGGCACAAGAGAAUGCUGCCCUACGGGAGAGGGUGGGCCGGUCGGAAGUGGAGAGCGCCCCAGGCCUCACCGCCAAGAAACUGUUGCUUCUGCAGUCCCAGCUGGAACAGCUGCAGGAGGAGAAUUUUAGGCUGGAGAGCAGCCGGGAAGAUGAGCGGCUGCGCUGCUUAGAGCUGGAGCGUGAGGUCACGGAGCUGCAGCAGCGGAACCAAGCGCUGACCAGCCUUUCCCAGGAGGCUCAAGCGCUGAAGGAUGAGAUGGACGAGCUGCGACAGUCCUCUGAACGUGCAAGGCAGCUGGAGGCCACUCUGAGCAGCUGCCGCCGCCGCCUGGGCGAGCUCCGGGAGCUCCGGCGGCAGGUGCGGCAGCUGGAGGAGCGAAAUGCGGGCGACGCUGAGCGCACGAGGCAGCUGGAAGAGGAGUUGCGCAGGGCGGGAUCCCUGCGUGCCCAGCUCGAGGCUCAGCGCAGGCAGGUACAAGAGCUGCAGGGCCAGUGGCAGGAAGAGGCCAUGAAGGCUGAGAAGUGGCUGUUUGAGUGCCGAAACCUAGAGGAGAAGUGUGACCUGGUGACAAAGGAGAAGGAGCGGCUGUUGGCGGAGAGGGACUCCCUGAGGGAAGCCAAUGAAGAGCUCCGCUGCGCCCAGCUGCAGCCAAGGGGAUUGACUCAAGCUGACCUGUCGCUGGAUCCUACCCCUUCUGGACCAGAAAACUUGGCAGCAGAGAUCAUGCCUGCAGAGCUCAGAGAGACGCUCCUGCGGCUUCAACUGGAGAACAAGCGUCUGUGCCAGCAGGAGGCCGCGGACCGGGAGAGACAGGAGGAGCUGCAGCGCCACCUGGAGGAGGCCAACCGGGCACGCCAUGGGCUGGAGACGCAGCACCGGCUGAACCAGCAGCAGCUGUCUGAGCUAAGGGCCCAGGUGGAAGAUCUACAGAAGGCCUUGCAGGAGCAAGGGGCCAAAACUGAGGAUCCCACCCUGCUGAAGAGGAAGCUGGAGGAUCAUCUGCAGAAGCUGCAUGAGGCUGAUCUGGAGCUGCAGAGGAAACGAGAGUACAUUGAGGAGCUGGAGCCUCCCGCUGACAGCAACACAGCUCGACGGAUUGAGGAGCUGCAGGACAGUCUGCAGAAGAAGGAUGCAGACUUGCGGGCCAUGGAGGAACGAUACCGCCGCUAUGUGGACAAGGCACGCACGGUCAUUCAGACCCUGGAACCCAAGCAGCGGCCACCCACUGGAGUGCCCCCGGAAUUCCAAACCCUGAGGACACAGCUCUGGGAGAGGAACAUGCGGAUACGGCAGCUGGAGAUGGACUGUGAGAAGAGUCGGAGUCAGCGGGAGCAGGAAGAAAAGCUGCUCAUCAGUGCCUGGUACAGCAUGGGCAUGGCCUUGGAGCAGCGAGCUGGGGAAGAGCAGGCUCCAGCCCAUGCCCAGUCCUUCCUGGCACAGCAAAGACUGGCCACCAAUGCUCGCCGAGGACCCCUGGGGCGCCUGGCUUCUCUGAGCCUUCGCCACACUGACAAGCACUGACAGACCUCAACUUCCUGCCACCUGCUGGAGCCCUCCAGCUCCUAGGGUCCCUGGUUUGGGACCUUGACCUUGAUUGAGGCUAUAAUUUCUGCCCUUUGAUUCCUGAGAUGGAAGAGAAGGGAGUGGCAGAUAGCAAGUAUAGUCCUAACCCUUUUAGCAAUGUGAUCCUCGAUUCUUCCCCGGGGCUUUAUGUAUUACCUGGGAAGAGCCUGAUUUUAUAUUUGAAAAGAAUAAAGACUUUAAAUAAAGACUUUAUCUGUCAUGA